UCACAACUUCUCCUUGGCUUCCAGAGCAUCGUUGGCCACUGCUGCCCACCCCACGAAGACGGUGGCAUCGUGCACUGCGCUCUGAAGGCCCCCCAGUUCCUCGUUUCUGACCGGGAGUUUCCUGGCUCCACCAGACUCCUCUUGAAGCGAUCCACCUUCUGCCCCAUCAAGCAUUUGACUGCAGAGCAAAGGGCUUCCCUCCCCACAGAGACUCGGCACCAGGGGGUGGAUGUCGGGGUGGCCGUUCUCCUGGAGUCCGCAAACCAAAAAGUUUUGUUGACCCGUCGGGCGAGGAUGCUAAGUCUCUUCCCCAAUACUUGGGUGCCUCCUGGUGGCCAUAUUGAACCAGAAGAAGAGGUAAGGCCUUUUUUAAAAUCCAAACCAAAAAGGGAGAAUCCAGAGAGAACCAUCCAAGGGCAGAAAUAGGGAGCUUUUGGGGGGAAAUGUUAA